CGGGUCACAUGAUUAAGUAGCUUCUCGCCCGGCCUCCUCUGUGUCACGUGACAGGCGACGUCACGCUCCAGAAGUGCCCACGUGUGUUAGAGUGGCUGAGCCGCCUCAGUGACAGAUUUGACUCGGCCACCCUGUGUCCCGGUGCUCGCAAGGCAAUGGAGGGUGGCGGCGGUGCCGGAGGGCCUCCAGCGCCAGGCCCGGAUGAAGGGCAGGCUGAGGAGGCUAUUGUGUUUCACGAAGACGAAGAGAUCAUCGAAGUGCUGGAGCUGAAUGAUGCAGAGCCAAACCCAGAUGACCUGGCUGACGAGAUGGAGGAUGUGGACUUCGCGGAUGAACCUGAGGACGGAGAAAUGGGCGAUGAGUUGGAGACGGAGGACGAAGGUGUAGAGGAAGGAACCGAGCCUCAUGACGACAGCGAGCUGACUUACUCUAAACAUACAGGCUCCGUGUUUUGUGUCAGCCUGGAUCCAAAGGACAGCACCCUUGCGGUGACUGGGGGAGAAGAUGACAAAGCCUAUGUUUGGAGAAUAAGUGAUGGAGAGACCCUUUUUGAAUGCACCGGUCACAAGGACUCCGUCACAUGUGCAGCUUUCAGUCACGACUCCGCCAUGGUCUCUACAGGAGACAUGAGUGGUCUCAUCAAGGUGUGGAAGGUGGAGGGCGGGCAGGAGAUCUGGUCAUUUGAAGGGGGCGACUUGGAGUGGUUGCAGUGGCACCCCUGCGCCCAUGUACUGCUAGCGGGCACUGCAGAUGGCAACACCUGGAUGUGGAAGGUACCUAGUGGCGAGUGUAAAACUUUCCAAGGACCCAACUGCCCCGCCACCUGCGGCCAAUUCCUUCCCGAUGGGAAGAAAGCCGUGGUGGGUUAUGAAGAUGGAAGCGUGCGGAUAUGGGAUUUAAAACAGGGGAACACCAUACAUGUCCUGAAAGGCACAGAUGGGCAUUCCCGUCCUCUAACGUGCGUAUCUUCUAAUGCCGAUGGAAGUCUCGUGCUCACGGGCUCUGUGGAUUGCGAUACAAAGUUGGUGAACACGGCCACUGGAAAGGUGGUCGGAUUAUUCAAGACAGAAAGCAAUGUAUCCAAAGCCUCAAGGAGGGAAGAUGGGGAGUCCGAGUCUAACUCAGUGGAGUCUCUAGGACUCUGCAAUGUGUUGCCUCUGGCAGCAGUCGGCUACCUGGAUGGAACUUUGGCAAUUUACGAUAUAUCAACGCAGACCUUGAGACACCGGUGUCAGCAUGAGUCCGGGAUUGUACAGCUCCUCUGGGAAGACAACUCUCCGGUGGUGUACACGUGCAGCCUGGACGGGGCUGUGAGACUCUGGGAUUCCCGCUCAGGGAAAAUGAUCAGCGAAUACUGCGGGCACACAGAGGAAAUUCUUGACUUUGCUCUUAAUAAGGAUGCUUCCAUUGUGGUGACCGCAUCUGGAGAUCACAAAGCAAAAGUGUUCUGCGUGCAGAGACCCGACCGUUAACCCGGGGUGACGUCAGCACCCCCGUCCACUGUACAGAGCAAUCAUUGCCUCUCUGAAAGGCUUGGAGCUGUUAGCUGUCUUCUUUACUUAUAUGUGUGGAUGCAUUUUAAUCUAUACAGACUGGCGGAUGCGCAUGUACAUGUUCACACUAACUUGGGGAGGAGAGAGAGAGAGAGAGAGAGAGAGAGGUUGAUGCUUUUUUUGGGGGGGCUCCUUAAUGGCCACAAGACCCAAAUGAUAUAAUUUCCAUAAACUGACCUGUGUAUA